AUGAUUCCCUGCAGAGCAGCCCUGUCCUUUGCCCGAUGUCUGAUCCGGAGAAAAAUUGUCACUCAGGACAGUCUAGAAGAUUCCAAAUUAUGCCGCUGCUUAUCCACCAUGGACCUCAUUGCCCUGGGGGUUGGAAGCACUCUUGGUGCUGGGGUUUACGUCCUUGCUGGGGACGUUGCCAAAUCAGAUUCUGGCCCAAGUAUCGUCAUUUCCUUCCUCAUUGCUGCCCUAGCUUCCGUGAUGGCAGGCCUGUGCUAUGCUGAAUUCGGGGCCCGAGUUCCCAAGACUGGGUCUGCGUAUUUAUACACGUACGUGACUGUGGGAGAGCUGUGGGCCUUCGUCACUGGCUGGAAUCUCAUUUUAUCUUAUGUGAUAGGUACAUCGAGUGUUGCAAGAGCAUGGAGUGGCACCUUUGAUGAACUGCUUAACAAACAGAUUGGCCAGUUUUUCAGAACGUACUUCAAAAUGAAUUAUUCCGGCCUUGCAGAGUACCCAGACUUUUUUGCUGUGUGUCUUGUAUUACUUCUGGCAGCUCUUUUAUCUUUUGGAGUGAAAGAGUCUGCUUGGGUGAAUAAAGUCUUCACAGCAAUUAAUAUGCUGGUCCUUCUUUUUGUUAUGGUGGCUGGGUUUGUGAAAGGAAAUGUGGCAAACUGGAAGAUUAGUGAAGAAUUUCUCAGAAAUAUAUCAGCAAGUGCCAGAAAGCUACCUUCUGAAAAUGGAACCUAUGUCUAUGGAGCUGGAGGCUUUAUGCCUUUCGGCAUUACAGGAACUUUGGCUGGCGCUGCAACCUGCUUUUAUGCCUUUGUGGGAUUUGAUUGCAUUGCAACAACUGGUGAAGAAGUCCGGAAUCCCCAGAAAGCUAUCCCUAUUGGAAUUGUGACUUCUUUACUUGUUUGCUUUAUGGCCUACUUUGGCGUCUCUGCAGCUUUAACGCUUAUGAUGCCAUACUACCUCCUCGAUGAAAAAAGUCCCCUGCCUGUAGCAUUUGAAUAUGUCGGAUGGGGUCCUGCUAAAUACGUCGUUGCGGCUGGCUCCCUGUGUGCCCUGUCAACCAGUCUUCUUGGAUCCAUUUUCCCAAUGCCUCGUGUCAUCUAUGCUAUGGCGGAGGAUGGGUUGCUUUUCAAAUGUCUAGCUCAAAUCAAUUCCAAAACGAAGACACCAGUAAUUGCUACUUUAUCAUCAGGCGCGGUGGCAGCUGUGAUGGCGUUUCUGUUUGACCUGAAGGCGCUCGUGGACAUGAUGUCCAUUGGCACUCUUCUGGCCUACUCUCUGGUUGCAGCGUGCGUCCUCAUCCUCAGCAUUGCCACCACUGUCACCAUUUGGAGGCAGCCCCAGAAUCAGCAAAAGGUCUCCUUUAUGGUACCGUUCUUACCGUUUUUACCAGCGUUCAGCAUCCUUGUGAACAUUUACUUGAUGGUCCAGUUGAGUGCAGAGACUUGGGUCAGAUUUAGCAUUUGGAUGGCACUUGGCUUCCUGAUUUACUUUGCCUAUGGCAUUAGACACAGCCUGGAGCGUGGUCCGAGGGAAGAAGAUGAUGAAGAUGCUUAUUCAGAUAACGUUAAUGCAGCAACAGCAGAAAAAUCUGCCGUGCAAGCAAAUGACCAUCACCGAAGGAACCUGUGUUUACCUUUCUCAUUCCAUGAAAAGACAACUGCGGCGUCCCAGGCGCCCGCCCUGAUCUCUGGCUCCCGCUUGGAGGCGACGCCCCUCGCCCGCGCCUUCAGCCCGCGCCCUGCCUGCGCGCCACAGCCCGCGCCCUGCCUCCGCGGCACAGCCAGCACCUCUCCGCCCCCGCCCAUUCUCCUAAAGAUGAAGCUUUGGCUGCUGCUGGGUCUUCUGUUGGUGCCCGAAGCACUGGAGAGUGCCCCGUCGUCUUCCCUCGGACUUUCCGAGGCUCGGCCCUGGCGCCACUCCCUGCCCCUUGCACCUGCCCCCUCCCGGUUCCCCGCCAAGACUGCUCCAGCCUUCCAGAAAGCCCCCGGCGGGCAAGCCAAGCAUCCCCAGCCAGGGCCUGGUCCAGCCCCCAGUGUCAACGUGUCGGUCUGGGUGGUGGCGCGGGAGCGCGCGGCUGAUCGCUUCCCCCUCCGCGCCGAGCUCGCCCAGGGACCUCUGCUUCAGAGGCCGGGCCCCACUAAGCAAGACAACGGCUGA